AUGGCACUGCCGUCCAAUGUCCCACCACAACUUGACUGUCUUAGCUGGCGCCUCGCCGUGGAGACGAACAACCUCCAUAACAGGAAAUUGGUGCCUAAAGAGGCUAUAGCGUUGAAUAGUACAAAGUUUAUUGAGUGGCUUGCUGAGGGAAAAUUGCCAGUCAUUCCUUCCAUACUGGGAGUAUACAAGACCCUGUUAUCUCUUAGGAUCAAGCCCGUUUUAAAUAAAGGGGCUCCAGAGAAUUUUAGACAAUCAAGGAUUGCUAAUCUCAAGAAAGCUGGUUAUAGUAACUGGCUAAAGCUCGGUGGAAAUGAUUCGAGAUCAGCAGUAGAGUAUAAAUCGAUUAAGAGAACGGAGUUGGUUAAAGCUGGAUAUAGAAUUGUUGGUAAUAUUGGAGAUCAGUGGACUGAUUUUUGA